CGGAAGCUCCCUCAGCAGUGGGGGGGGGCUCCGGUACCGCGGCGGCGAGCGCCGGUAACGGGGUUAACCCCGGUGUCCGGAACCGGAACAACGUCAUUGGUCCUUCCGGUGGGGCCUGCACCGGGAGCGGCGGAAGCCCCGUCCCUCGUAGGCCGCGGCCUCCCCGUUGCCGCAGCACCGGGACGGGCGCGGCCUGUGCGGAGGCCCCGCCGCUGUGUGCCGGUGCUGGCACCGGAGCGCUGCUGAAGCCGGUGAGGAUUAGUGCCUGUGUGCAGUGGCUUUAGGGAACGUCGGUGUUCCUGGACUUCCUCCCUGUUGCAGGGAGUGUGCAGCUGCUCCGGGGAGGAUGGAGACGCUGAGGAACCGGACGGUGGAGGAGCUGCAGGAGCUGCAGGAGAACACGGAGGAGAUCGAGCGCCUGGCACUGGAAUCCCAGGAGGUCCAGGAGCUGCAGCUGGAAAGGGAAAUGUCCCUGGCUGCCAACAGGAGCCUGGCUGAGCAGAACCUCAAGUUCCAGGCACCACUGGAGACAGGACGCAGUGAGCUCAGCACCAAGUACGAGGAGCUGCAGAAGCUGGCCCAGAGGUGCCAGGAGCAGAAGGCAAAGCUGGAGAAGUUCUCUGCAGCACUGCAUCCCCAGACCUUGCUGGAGCUCCUGCAGGUGGAAAGCCAGAAGAUUGAAGAGGAGUCUGAGCAAAUGGCCGAGAAGUUCCUGGAGGGUGACGUGCCCUUGGACACGUUCCUGGAGCACUUCUCCAGCAUGAGGAAGUUGUCCCAUCUGCGCCGGGUGAGGGUGGACAAGCUCCAGGAGAUCCUGAGGAAGUCGGAAGCGGCGCCGGAGCCUCGGGAGCAGCCUCUUCCUCAGGGACCUGUGCCCACAGAACCCCCAAAGCCGCAGCCCUUCCCUCCAGCAGCUCCUUCAGCAGCUCCUUCAACAGCCCCAGCCUUCCCCCUGCCCUACAGCCCAGCUCCAAGCGGGCCAGCUGGCCCCACAGCACACGGAGCUCUCCCUCCUGCUCCCUUCUCUGGCUCCCCAGUCACCGUGGGCAGCGUUGCUCCAUCCCAGCCCACCUUUCCCUAUAAACCUCCAGCUCCUGGAUACCCACCGGUACAAGCUGCUGAAUCCGGGUAUCCCAAGCCCCCCUCAGGAGGCUCUGCUCCAGCACCAGCUUAUUCCUGGUCUCCAUCCAGGGGCCCACCUCAGCCCCCCCAGUUUCCUGGCUCUCAUCCCCCUCCGCCACCCCCCAGACCCGGAUACCCUCCCUUCUUCCCACCUGGAGCAGCGAGACCCCAGUGUCCAUACCCAACCCAGCCUCCUCUCCCCAACUUCCCAAUCCCUCCCCAGCCUCCAUAUCCUCCUGGAGCACCUCCACCCUUUGGAUUCCCCCCACCUCCCAAUCCUCAGCGCCCUGCUUGGCCUGGCUACUAAAUGUGGGACUCCUGGCUCCUGGAAUGUGGGACUUCUGCUGCUCUUCCCUCCUCUCUGGUGGGGAGUGAGGAGGAAGAGUGAUGCUCUUCAACCCAUGGGUGCAGAAGCAUCACACAGGCAGCAGCUCCCAGGGAUCAAGCAGGUUGAUGCCAUCCCCAUGGGUCACAUCUCAUCUCCUGAGGUUUGUGCUCAUCUGAGGGGCUGGAGUGGCCAAUUCCAGGUGGAUUCAUCCAGGUUUUGAUGUGAAAUCCAGGUAGACCCUGAGGUACUCGAUGGAGAUGGCAGCUUCAAGAGCCAGACCCCCUCUAUGUGUGCAAGAGAGCAUGAGUGUGCUGGAGUCUGCUCCAUGUCGUGUGCUCCAUGGGUCUCAGAUGUCAUAUCCUAAUCCUUAACCUUGCCACAAGUGUUCGAAGGACACUUUGGGAAUCUGGGACAGUAUUCCUGACACAAAGCCACCCGCUGCUUUCCCCACAUCCACUGGGUUGGGGCCCCAAGGAAGUGAGAGGCAGAGCCAGCUGGGCUUGCAGGUCAUUCCCAACAGGUUGUAGCAGGGAAGAACAGCUCCCUGGAUGAGCCAGGCCUUGGGAUGUCUCCCAGUGUUAUCCUUGGAUGUGGGAUAACUUCCACUCUGGCUCUGCUCAGGCUUGUCCCAGUGCUGCCUCUGCCUGUGGGGUGAGUCCUGGUGUGCUCCAAAGCAGAGGCAGUUCCCAGUUUGGAUGGACCCCAGUGAUCCCAGCUCACUGGGAAGCACGAACCUCUUCACCACUGUUCCCUGUCCCACCAAGGGUUUGGAGCCUCCAGCACUUCCCAGGGCUCACUGCAUGGAUAUUAUCCAUGGAUUUGGUGUAAACCAGGCUGGCACAGUGACCUGGGCUGUUGCUGCUUUGGAGGUGCACAUCUGGGAAUCGGAAAUGGGAAUUGGUGCUUCCCAUAUCCCAACCUCUCCCAUGGGGAGAAUUGAGUUCUUGGGGUGCUCCAGGCUCCAGCCUUCCUCACAUCCCCUUUCUCAGGUAACACUAAUGGAAGGAGCACUGAUUCGGGAUGGGAAUGGGAAUGGGAUUGCUUUGCUCAGCACUUUAUCCUCCAGCUCCUGCCUGUCUCCCUGUAAGUUAUUGAUCAGGAACCGGUACUAAUGGACAAGGUUUGAUGGAAGCAAUUCCAUAGCUCUGGAUAAUGGCAGUAAUAAAACUCGAUGAACUGCAUGUGGGGUGAUUGCUUCCGGAGCCAGCAUCAGCCUCACGCUUCCAUUGAGCCACCUUAUUCCCAUUGGCAUCCUCAGAGCAAUUUCCUCUUGGCUUCAUCCCUGGAACCUUUCACCCUCUUUCAGGAUCAGCUUCCAACUCCUCUUCCCUGCUUCCUUGUUCCCAUCUUUUCUAAGGGACCUGUUUCAGUUUGAACCCAUCACCCCUUGUCCCUGAUGCAGAGUCCAUCCCCAGCAUCCUAGUAUCCCCUUCAGACAUGGAAGCUGCUCUGAGCUCUCCACACAUCCCCAAUGUUCCCAACCUGGCUCCAUAUGGAAGCUGCUUCAGCCCCUGAGCAUCCUCUGGACUCACUCCAACAGCUCCAUGUGCUGAUGCUGAGGACCCCAGGGCUGGAUGCAGCAUCCGAGUGGGAUCUCAUGGAGCAGAGGGGCAGCAUCACCUUGGACCUCUCCUCCAUCACUGGGAGGUCUUUAGCCUGGAAUAGCUCCAAUAGGGUUGGGAGGAA